AGCAGCGAAGGCUGAGGUGGUUGCAGAGGCCACUGAGGCUUUGACUGAGUGGCCAGCAGGCGCCUGUAGCCUCGAGCAGCCCCUUCGUGCCUCCCGACACUCCCCGGGCAACGGUGGGCCGCGGUGCGCAGCCUGCCAGGGAGCUGCGGCGGGCACACCCCGGCGGCGGCGACAGCGGACAGGUUAGAGUGGGGGCAGGGACGGUCGCGGGAGCAGCAGGGGGCCGGAGAGGGAGCCAGAGCCAGGCCAUCUCCAACCAUGUCCGACGAAGCGUCAGCCACCACUUCGUACGAGAAGUUUCUAACCCCCGAGGAGCCCUUCCCGCUUCUAGGACCCCCUCGCGGGGUGGGCACCUGCCCGAGCGAGGAGCCGGGCUGCCUGGACAUCAGCGACUUCGGCUGCCAGCUCUCGUCUUGCCAUCGCACGGAUCCGCUCCACCGCUUCCACACCAACAGGUGGAACUUAACUUCCUGUGGAACAAGUGUGGCCAGCUCAGAAUGCAGUGAGGAGCUGUUUUCAUCAGUUUCUGUUGGAGAUCAAGAUGAUUGCUAUUCCCUAUUAGAUGAUCAGGACUUCACGUCUUUUGAUUUAUUCCCUGAGGGGAGUGUCUGCAGUGAUGUCUCUUCUUCUAUUAGCACAUACUGGGAUUGGUCAGAUAGCGAAUUUGAAUGGCAGUUACCAGGCAGUGACAUUGCCAGUGGAAGUGAUGUACUUUCUGAUGUCAUACCCAGUAUUCCAAGUUCACCUUGCCUGCUUCCUAAAAAGAAAAACAAGCACCGGAAUUUAGAUGAACUUCCUUGGAGUGCAAUGACAAAUGAUGAACAGGUGGAAUAUAUUGAGUAUCUGAGUCGUAAAGUCAGUACUGAGAUGGGUCUUCGGGAGCAACUUGAUAUUAUUAAAAUAAUUGAUCCUUCUGCUCAAAUCUCCCCUACAGACAGUGAGUUUAUUAUUGAACUUAACUGUCUCACAGAUGAAAAACUGAAGCAGGUCAGAAACUAUAUCAAGGAGCAUAGCCCUCGCCUACGGGCUGCAAGAGAGGCCUGGAAGAGAAGCAACUUCAGUUGCGCAAGCACCAGUGGAGUGAGCGGUGCCAGUGCCAGUGCCAGCAGCAGCAGUGCCAGCAUGGUCAGUUCUGCAAGCAGCAGUGGGUCCAGUGUUGGAAACUCUGCUUCAAACUCCAGUGCCAACAUGAGUCGAGCACACAGUGACAGCAACUUGUCUGCAAGUGCAGCAGAGCGGAUUCGGGAUUCAAAAAAGCGAUCCAAGCAGCGGAAGUUACAGCAGAAGGCCUUACGCAAGAGGCAGCUGAAAGAGCAGAGGCAGGCUCGGAAGGAGAGGCUCAGUGGGCUAUUCCUUAAUGAAGAAGUGCUGUCCUUGAAAGUGACUGAGGAAGACCACGAAGCAGAUGUAGAUGUUUUGAUGUAAUAAGGGUGAAUUUAUCAGCAUUCUUUCUAAGCAUUAUUCUAUCCUUAUUUGUUUACAUGCAUCUUGACCAAACUUUUGUUGGUUAGGGCUGUGCUGAUGUACUAUUCAUAAUUUAGGUAUGUGGUUCUCAGCAGGUGGUCCUCAGACCAGCAGCUUCAGCAUCAGCUGAGAAGUUAUUAGAAAUGCAUACUCUUGGGCCCCACCCCAGACCUAGUGAAUCAGAAAUGCUGCGGGAGGGGCCUAGCAUUGUGUUUUAACAGGCACCAGGUUAUUCUGCCACACACUCUAGUUUUAAGAACCACUGAUUUAGUAAAUGUUUUGACUAUUUAAACUUCAGGGUGGUUAAGUGGGCUUUUUCAAAGACGAGUAAUUUUACAGUUUAGAAGACUUUAAGGUACUGCUGACAAAUAGUUUAUUAUAUCAGUAUACAUAUGUAGAGAUCAUAAUUCAGUUUCCUUCUUAAUGUUAUGAUUUCUUAGUUUAGUUUUUCUAAAGGGCCAUAGCAUAAUUCUCAAUUCCUAGUGGACAUCUUUUUUUCCAGGUUGGGGUAGGGUAUGGAUUGCUGUUUACAAUAGUGCCUUCAUUAGGUUUAGUUCUAUCUGUUUUCAUUUAUUAUUAACUCAAAGGUGUAAAAACAGGCCCUGAUAUCUUUCGUUAGGUUUGUUUUUGUUUUUCACUUCAUGUAAAUUCAGAAUCCUUUCUGCAAGUGAUGACUACUGAGAAAAUAAUGUUACUAGUGACCGAAUUUUAGACUUGAUGCUAUGUUGAUUAAUAUUCAAAUGGAGAAAUCAAUUAAGCAAAACAACCAAUUCUACUUUUCCACUGCUUUUUGAAAUUUUAGGCUGUGAAACUGUCUUAAAGGCAGAAAAUAUCCCUAUCAAGUUCUUUUGUAGGUCUUUUUAUUUUCAGCACAGCUCUAAUUUUUAAAUAUUUGGUGUAACAGCUUCUGGCAUGUGAACAGGUUAAUGUUCAAAAUUAAUUAAAGAAAACCCUUACAGUUCUGCUAAACUAUAAAUUGCUAGAAAUACACUGAGCAGUGAGAUAUUAAAAAAACUUAGCUUCUUGGCUACUAAUAGAACUCUAAUUUUAAAUGUGAAAUAAUGGAGUCUCUUUAAAUGUUUUCAUGGAGAGUUUGUUAUGAACAUUAGAAGUACUGUGAUUCCUUUUAUUUUUCCACACAUCUUUAAACAUUCACAUGGGUUAAAAAAAAAAAAGAAACUGAUACUACUGACAAUCAAGCUGCUUUCUGACUUUCAUAAUUUUCUUUUUGUUGUGGAAACUUAGGAGGUAAUCAUAAUUUUGUAGGAGGAGUUGUAAUCAAUAUUUUUUUAAACUCUAGAGUCAGCGGUUGAUAGAUUCCUACUUUUUUUAACAUUGUAUCAUAUCAAGUAACCUGUUAAAAAGAUUAACAACUUAGAUUAUUAAUUCUCAGUUGAUAGAAAGGCUUAACCUUUUCUUACAGUCAUCUGUUUUGAAAUUUUGAUUUUAUUUUGGUUCCUCGAAGGUUAAAGAAUUGAAACUGAGGACAAAAUUGAUAUAUUGCAGCUUUUCUGAGGACUCUGGCAUGGUUGUAACAUUUCGAAGACUACUAAAUUCAUACUUUAAAUUUUUACUAAAAUAAAAGUAUAUACGUAUAUAUGGUUAUCAGUUGGAGUAGUCCUUCGGACUUUCCUCUUACCCCCUCUUUGUGCUUCUAACUAGCUUAGAGGGCCCAAAGAGAGUUUGGGGAUAGAUCCCAGAAUAUUCUGAGGAAGACAGAAAGGGUCCACCUCGUUGUUUUCCCUUCCAAAUAUAUGAAGAGUAAAUGGAGAGAAGAGCAAAUACAGGUGAAUUCUCUACCUGCUCUUAGCAAAAGCAAAAUUCCAGGGAAUGAUUGCCUGUUCUCUUUACCUACUCUUCAAGGAAAACAGGCUACUUUUGGAGAUCAUAGAGCAGCAUUUAUCUAUUAAAUACUUGGAAACAGUUUACUUGACAGUGACCAGUAAAAGAAAAUCCUAAUAAGACCAAGUCCUCUCCUUUCCCAACAAUCACAUAGUCUUAUUACCCUAGAUUUAACUUAAGUCACUAUUAAACAAGUUUACCAAAGCACCACAGAGCCAAUUUUUAAAGUUUAUAAAGGUUUGAGUGUUUAUAGUAAAGUGCGCCAUGAAAUUUUGUGUAAACUGGAUGCACUGUUUUUAUGGUACCAUAAAUUAGAGAUAGCUCAUUAUCAUUAAGUUGGCUUGGAAGAGAUUGAAAGAAUGAAAAGAAAUUAAGCAACUUGGGUUUGCUUAUGAUCUAAGAGGGAGAUUACAAAGUUUUUAUCUACCUACCCCCCC